AUGAGAGUCGCUUGGCAACGAUUGAUCAGAUUCCAGGCCGCGGAUGGCCGUGUCCUUCGAGGCGAACCGAUCCUGCCCAGACCGGAUUUAGACCUGGGAUAUGUCACUGAGAAGGAUCAGCUGCAAGCCCGAGUCAUUGUAGGUGAGGAUAUUUUCGACGAAACUGGUGUGACGCGGGUUUCCGACGAGAUAGUGACGGUUCGAAGAAUCUUGUCUCCGCUUGCACCGUCAGACGUGCCAACUCUCCGGUGCGUUGGAUUGAAUUAUUUAAAGCAUAUCCAGCAAGCAAAGCGAACUCCGCCGCCCUUUCCCUUCAUCUUCUUCAAACCACAGACGACAAUUUUGGACCACGGCGGCAACGUGGUUAUUCCAAAGAUUGCCCAGGAUGACCAGGCCGACUAUGAAGGAGAGCUGACCAUCGUCAUUGGGAAAGACGCAAAGGACGUCUCGCAAGAAAACGCCCUUGAUUACGUUGCCGCUUAUACCAUAGGCAAUGACAUCUCAUCUGGAAAGCUACAGCGCGACCCAGAUUAUGCUGGGCGUAUUCCCCAAUGGGGCUUCUCCAAAGGGUUUGACACUUACGCGCCAAUUGGGCCUUGUCUUCUGGCCAGUAGUCUCGUGGACGAUCCGAAGAAUCUGCAUCUCACCACCGUCGUUGAUGGCGACGUGCGACAAGAUGAGUCUGUCGACGAUCUGCUAUUUGAUUGCCGCUAUCUCAUCUCGUACCUAUCUCAGGGCACAACUCUGCAGAAGGGCAGCAUAAUCAUGACAGGCACGCCUGGUGGAGUAGGGGGAGAUAUGAAUCCCCCGCGGUGGCUGCAACCAGGCACGCAGAUGGAGGUGCACAUCUCUAAGAUCGGGACACUUAGAAAUGGAGUUGUGUUUGCUGAAUAG